UCCCGCGGCGGCAUUUACCGUAGCCGGGGCCGGGCUAGCUGAGGCCGGUCGGCGCGGCCAGUUCUCGGCGUCAUCAGGUGAUCUACAGCUGCCGCCGCCCCUGCACCCAACUGAAGAUGCGAAAUGGCCCCGUGGGGCAGUGAGGGGCGGUGGUCCUCGGCCCGGGCCCGCCACGCCCCUGUUCUGCAGCCGGCCGCCCGCAGCGCCGCAGCGGUUCCGCGCCCAGCAGCCCCGCGCCCCUCUGCUAGGGUCCCUGUCUGAGCGCGGCGCGGGGACCAGGCCAGCCGGGCGCCCACAUGGGGCUGUGCUACAGCCUGCGGCCGCUGCUCUUUGGGAGCCUGGGAGACGCCCCCUGCGCCGCCUCGGACCCGCGGAUGGAGGACGCGGCCCCGGUCAGCGCGGCCGGAGCGGACACUGCCCGGACCCAGCUCCCAGGGGGCGGCGGCGGGAGCCCGGCGCGGCCCACGACCGACACGCCGAAGGAGAAGCAGCGGCGCCCGGAGCAGCUGCGCGCCGAGGAGCGCGAGGCCGCCCGGGAGGCAAGGAAAGUCAGCCGCGGCAUUGACCGCGUGCUGCGCGCGCAGAGGCGGGACCUGCAGCGGACGCACCGGCUCCUGCUGCUCGGGGCUGGCGAGUCUGGGAAAAGCACUAUUGUCAAACAGAUGAGGAUCCUGCACGUCAAUGGAUUUAAUCCGGAGGAAAAGAAGCAGAAAAUUUUAGACAUACGGAAAAAUGUUAAAGAUGCUAUUGUGACAAUUAUUUCAGCGAUGAGUACUAUUAUACCUCCAGUUCCACUGGCCAACCCUGAAAACCAGUUUCGAUCAGACUAUAUCAAGAGCAUAGCCCCUAUCACUGACUUUGAAUAUUCCCAGGAAUUCUUUGAUCAUGUGAAAAAGCUUUGGGACGAUGAAGGCGUGAAGGCGUGCUUCGAGAGGUCCAACGAGUACCAGCUGAUUGACUGUGCACAAUACUUCCUGGAAAGAAUCGACAGUGUCAGUCUGGUGGACUACACACCCACAGACCAGGACCUCCUCAGAUGCAGAGUUCUGACGUCGGGGAUUUUUGAGACACGAUUCCAAGUGGACAAAGUCAACUUUCACAUGUUUGAUGUCGGCGGCCAGAGGGACGAGAGGAGGAAAUGGAUCCAGUGCUUUAACGACGUCACCGCCAUUAUUUACGUCGCGGCCUGCAGUAGCUACAACAUGGUGAUUCGGGAGGAUAACAACACCAACAGGCUGAGGGAAUCCCUGGACCUUUUUGAAAGCAUCUGGAACAACAGGUGGUUACGGACAAUUUCUAUCAUCUUGUUCUUGAACAAACAGGAUAUGCUAGCAGAAAAAGUCUUGGCAGGGAAGUCAAAAAUUGAAGACUACUUCCCAGAGUAUGCAAAUUAUACUGUUCCUGAAGAUGCAACUCCGGACGCAGGAGAAGAUCCCAAAGUCACGAGAGCCAAGUUCUUUAUCCGGGACCUGUUUCUGAGGAUCAGCACAGCCACGGGUGACGGCAAACACUACUGCUACCCCCACUUCACCUGCGCUGUGGACACGGAGAAUAUCCGCCGGGUGUUCAACGACUGCCGCGACAUCAUCCAGAGGAUGCACCUCAAGCAGUAUGAGCUGCUGUGAGACCCGCCUGCCCGCUCAAGUCUGCGCCCCAUGUCUGUGCUCUCUGUCCCCACCCGUGUCCACGCACCAUGUCCUCUUGUCCCAGCCGGCAGGACGUGGUGAGUUUCUACUUCCUCGUCCUGCGACCACUGCACCUCGGUGACCUCUGCCCACCCCGGGUCUGGUCUGUCACCUGUUUUCUUUGAACGCAGCCUGCUGCAGCCUCCCUGCCACCACCCUGCUCGGUGGCACUGCAGUAAGGUCCCUUUGGGCCCCUCUUUGCUCACUCAUUCACUGAGUCAUUGCAGAGAACUCAGCAGACAAGACAGGCGCUUCUUCCUGGCUCCUCGGCAUCACUUCAGGCAUUUGGGGCAGUGGGCCCAGGGCUAGCAAGUGACCAUUCCUUGUCUGCCAGGCCCAGGACUUAGAAUAGACCCCAACCAACAUGACAAGAAACCCUUUCGGGGUUGUGUUCAGAGUCGGUUGGCAGCCUCAGGCAUUUGAAUCAGAACUACUUCGAACCUUCUGCAUUUACAAGGAAAACCUGUCACAGUCACCACUGCAAAAUUUGGCUUGUCCAAAACUGGUUCUCUAAACUUGCCCCACAAAGUGGAUGUACGCUUCUUUCCUAGAUUCUCUGUGCUAUUGUUUCCUUGCUGGUUUAUUUUACUGUACAGACCACAAAAUGUAAAUUCUUUUAUAUAACUACUAAGGAAAAAUCCUAUAGAUCUUUGUGCCUUGAUCAUAGCUAUACCUAUACAAGACAUGUGUUUUAUUGUGCUAAGUAGCUUAAUGCCAACAUUUCCUGCCUCUUAGUCUGUAAAAGAAAAGGAAUGACAUCUGCAGAAUUUAGUGUGUUUGAGGUCAGUCACGGUGAUCCUUGAAAUCCUGGCACUCUGGGUAGCUGAUGCGGGAGGAUUGCCUGAGUACAGGAGUUUGAGACCAGCCUGAGCAAGAGUGAGACCCCAUCUCUACUAAAAAUAGAAAAACUAGCUGGGUGUUGUGGGGGGCACCUGUAGUCCCAGCUACUCUGGAGGCUGAGGCAGAAGGAUUGUUUGAGCCCAGGAGUUUGAGGUUGCUGUGAGCUACCCAGGGCAUUGGGUGAGACCCUGUCUCAAAACAAGUAAAUAAAAAGAAUUUAGUAUAUUUUAUCAGGUUGAUACUUUAUAAAAGACUACCCAAUUAAAAGAAAAUAUUGUAAGGUAUACUCCUUAAUCACCUACACCUUACCAACAGUGUCUCCCCAAGGUGGCAAGAUGCCCCAGCCACCUGCUUGCACUUCUUGGAGCCUCAACUGUCAAACCUGAGCUGAGUCAGAGAACAAAUCUAAUGUUCUUUCAGGGAGCCAGGGAUUUUCUUUUUUUCUCUCCAGAUACUGUUUUUCUUGAUUGUUAAAGACUAGUUAAAGCCUUGCUAGUUAAAGACUUCUCAGCAAUUCCCUAUUCAAAGCUUUGGACAUAGGCUCUAUCACACAAGUAAACAGACAGCAAGAUAAAAACAAAAUGGCACCAAAUGUAUGUGUGUUUGGCCUAGGAGAAUAAGGAUGGCAUCUCCAUUUGCAUUUUGAAGAAGAAAAUUACAAACCUCUACUUAAAAUGUAAAGUCAAAAUACAUGGCUCUUUCUCGCACUUGAAGAUUUGCAAGUGCAACCUCAAACAUUACGGUGCACAAACAGCAUGUACAGAGCAGGUCUGCUGAGCAGGACACUUCACCUCACAGGUUGUUUGCAGCCACAGCUGCCAGGGGAGUUUGCACAGGUGCAAAAUAGCCUGUAAAAAUGUCCAAAGUUAAGGUUUCAACAAUACAAAUCUAGAGAAGUGAAUGUCUACAUUAUCUCAUUAAUUCCCUUUUUUAAUUUCCCUUUUAGUCUUUAAUAUUUUAAAGUAUACUCUGUAAAUAAGCAUUUUAUAAUCCUUUAUGAAUUCACCCAGAUUCAAAAUGCUCUUUUUUAAGAAAGGAAGACAGCAUUACAGUCAAUCCAGUAAACACCUUUUAUCUCAUUAUCACCAUCUUCCUGCCCCUCCUAUCAACUGUCUCAGGAAACUCAGUUGAACUGAGACAUAAAAUGGAAAUUAUUUUCAGGUUCCCUUGUACUUUCAAAUUAAAACAUGAAGAAAACUGGAAAGAUAUAUUCCCAUAAAGAAGCAUGUUGUUGUGCAUCAGAUUACUUAGCAAUUCCCCUC